AUGAGGGUUCCUGAGCAUCAUUCCAGGGUGUUGCUCAUCAGUCUCCGAUCGGCCGAAUUUGCUGGCUUUGUCUACAGGUUGGUUCCCCUGUUGCAGAGGCAGCAUGGUGGAGUGAGAUUCGAGACCUAG